CACUUCCGGCCGUGCCUCUGGAGGACUGGAUCGUUCAUAUAUGGCGAACACAUAUAUUUGAAAUUCAGGAAAAGCAGGCGCUUGAUAAGGCACUCGAGACAUGGCGCAGAGAGCGGCUCCAGAGGCGGACGAAGACAUGGGGGAUCCGCCCGCCGAGGAUGAGGACGACGGCUCCGACAGAGACGAAGAGGAUGGCGACAUUGCUUGGAUCUUAAACGACGUGAUGGAGGAGGACGAGGGGGAGGCUGUGGUGGUGUUGGCGGACAACCAGCUGGUUCUGGUGCCGCCUGAGACGGUGCCAGUGGAAGCUCCAGCUGAGCGCAGCGGCCACAUCGCGGUGGUCGACGGGAGCUUAAUGUACGUCUGGGGAGGAUACAAGAGCGCCCAGAACCUGGGCUUCUUUGACCUCUACCUGCCAAGAUACGAGAUGUGGAUCUAUGACAUGGAAGUCGGGGUGUGGACGAAGCAUUCAUGCAGCGGCAACCUGCACAAGUCCAUGUCGGGCAGCUGCGGCGUCUGCCUGGACGGAGUCCUGUACUUGUUCGGGGGUCACCACGCCCGUGGAAACACUAACCGGAUCUACCGCCUGCCCCUGAGGGCCCCCAGCCUGGUGUGGGAGGAAAUGAGGAGUCUCAAAGGCGUCCCUCCGUCUUCCAAAGACAAGCUGGGCUGCUGGGUGCAGAAGAACAGCCUUGUGUUUUUCGGGGGCUAUGGCUACGCCCCCGAGGGGCCCCACCAAGGGACGUUUGAAUACGACGAGUCGUCUUCCUUCCCGUGGGACACCCCGAGGCGAGGCUGGAACAACCACAUCCACAUCCUGGACCUGGAGUCCUGCUCGUGGAGUCAGCCCGUCACCACGGGGAACCCGCCAUCGCCCAGAGCUGCUCACGCCUGCGCCACACUGGGCAGCAGAGGCUACGUGUUCGGGGGGCGCUACAAGAACUACCGGCUAAACGACAUGUACUACAUCGACCUGGACACGUGGGAGUGGCAUGAAGUACUGGUCCCCCAGCAGGGUCCGAUCGGCCGGUCCUGGCACUCCUUCACGCCAGUCUCGCCGGAUCAAAUCUUUCUCUUCGGGGGCUUCACCACCGACAAGCAGACGCUGAGUGACGCCUGGCUUUACUGCGUCAGCAAAAACCAGUGGAAGCCGUUCAAACACGGCCACACCGACAGCCCCAGACUGUGGCACUCGGCCUGUGCCGGUCCCGACGGCGAGGUCUUCGCGUUCGGAGGAUGCGCCAACAACCUCAUCUCUCAUCAAAGAGCCGUUCACAGCAACAAGCUCCUGGUCUUCAACGUUCAGCCCAAGUCACUGUUCCGCGUCUGCAUGGAGGCGAUCCUGCAGCACCGCAGUCGCCUGGCCAGCUACUGGGACUGUCUGCCCAAGCACCUGCUGAGCAACCUCAAGCGGAGAGUGCUCACCACACAACUGGGCUCAUAGUGGCGCACACAGGAGCCCAAACAUCACGGGUCAGUUUGGACGUCCACGCCACACUACUUUACUCUGGUCUGCAUUCAACAGCUAGCUCACGUUAGCCGCGUCUUUCAUUUAAGCAAAGCAUCUCAUAUGAAAGGUUUUAUUUGUAUAUAUUGGUAUUUAUAUCCAAGUGGUCUCUGGCUCUGUGAUUCUUAUUUAACUUAAAAAACACGCUUCAUUUCCUGUGGGACGAUGUGGAGCCGCCGCCACCCAAAACACUUGUGUAAAUACAACUUUUCUAUUCGCCUGGUUUGCACAUUUGCCAUUUUGUUUUUAUUGUAAAUAAUUGUCAUGAGGAAUAAACAGAGUUUGUCUUCUCUUUUGAACUUUA